AUGAGCACUUCUUCUCAAAUUCUCUUCCUGUCACUCAUUGCUAUUUGGUUCAUAUCUCUAACAGCUUUUGGAGCUGAUACUAUUCACCCGGACGAAAAGAAAGCUCUUGAAGAUAUAGCCAAAUCCCUUGGUAAGAAGGAUUGGGACUUUAAUAUUGAUCCAUGCAGCAACAAACCCAAUUGGGCUACACCAAAGCCUACACCUAGCACUCCCAGAUUGAGUAUUGUAGAGAAUAAUGUCACCUGCAACUGCAGUGUUGCUGGUGACAACUUUUGCCAUGUUGUUUCAAUAACUUUGAAAGGGCAAAAUCUCCCCGGUACUCUCCCACCAGAACUGGCCAGGUUGCAUUACCUUCAAAUCAUUGACCUCUCUCGCAAUUACUUGAACGGUACAAUUCCUAAAGAAUGGGGCUCCAUGGUGAAUCUUCUUAACAUUACUCUCCCUGGAAAUCGAUUAACGGGUUCAAUACCAAAGGAGAUUGCAAAUAUAUCAACCCUGAUUCAGUUGGAGUUAACGGCCAAUCAAUUGUCUGGAAAUAUUACUUCUGAGCUUGGGAAUCUACCCCAGAUUCGAACACUGCGAUUUUCUUCUAACAAUUUUUCUGGAGAGCUUCCUGCGACAUUGGCCAAACUCACUACAUUGCAAGAUUUCCAAAUUUCGGACAACCAAUUCUCGGGAAAGAUACCCGAUUUUAUUCAGAACUGGACUAAUAUAAAUACGCUAAUCAUUCAAGGGAGUGGAUUAAGUGGACCAAUUCCUUCCCAAAUUUCACUUUUGAGAAACUUAACUGACUUGAGAAUUAGUGAUUUGAAUGGAUCGGAAUAUGCACCUUUGCCACAACUUGAUAAUCUGACAUUGUUAGAAAAACUGAUUCUGAGGAAUUGCAACAUCAAUGGAACUCUACCUGAAAAUCUUAGUACUAUGACAUCAUUAAAAUACUUAGACUUCAGCUUUAACAAAUUCAGUGGAACAAUUCCGAGUACCUAUGCUUACAUAAAUGGUGUGAAAUUCAUAUUUUUAACUGGAAACCUUCUCACAGGACCGAUACCUUCUUGGAAAAAGAAUAUCGACGUAGAUCUUUCAUACAAUAACUUCAGCAUCAACCAAGAAAGUCAGAUAUGUCAAAGUGAUAAAUUAAACUUGUUUUCUACCUCAUGGGCAAACAAUAACAUAGGAACAGUUUCAUGUUUGGGAGAAUGUCCUAAAAAAUCCUUAUACUCCCUUCAUAUAAAUUGUGGUGGAAAGCAAGAACGAGUCAAUGGAGAAAGUUAUGAUGACGAUUCAGAUUCACCUGGAGCAGCUAAACUCCAUGUCAGUCCAUCCGGUAAAUGGGCAUUUAGCACCACUGGUAUCUUCAUUGAUGGUGAUCAACUUGGAGAAACUUAUUUCCCGCCAGAUUUUACUCCACUUACUAUGGAAGAUGCUAAGUUGUACAUGAAUGCACGUGGUUCUCCCAUUUCUUUGACUUAUUAUGGGUUUUGUCUGGAAAAUGGAAGAUACACGGUAAAUCUCCAUUUUGCUGAAAUAGUGUUCACAGACGAUCAAACUUAUCGUAGUCUUGGAAGACGUGUAUUUGAUAUCUACCUUCAGGGAAAUCCGGUGCAAAAGGACUUCAAUAUUGCAAAAGAAGCGGGAGGAGUUGGUAAGAAAGUCAUAAAACAGUUCAAAGAUGUUUUUGUUACUGGUAGUACCUUGGAGAUCCGUUUGUAUUGGGCUGGAAAAGGGACACAGUCUCUUCCAAAUAGAUCAGUAUUUGGUCCUCUUAUAUCGGCGAUAUCAGUGGAAUCUGACUCUCCACCCGGAGGCAUAUCUGUAGGUGCUGUGGUUGGAAUUGUGGUUGCAGCAACAGUUAUUAUCAUUCUAAUAUUUGGUAUACUUUGGUGGAAAGGAUGUUUUGGAAAGAAAAAAUCAUUAGCAAGAGACCUGAAGAGUUUGGACGUUCAAACUGGUUUAUUUACCUUAAGACAAAUCAAAGCAGCUACAAAUAACUUUGAUAUUUCCAAUAAGAUUGGAGAAGGAGGAUUUGGUCCCGUGUAUAAGGGAUGUUUACCCAAUGGGACACUGAUAGCAGUAAAGCAACUUUCUUCUAAAUCAAAGCAAGGGAAUCGUGAGUUCUUAAAUGAGAUAGGCAUGAUUUCUGCUUUGCAACACCCUUAUCUUGUUAAACUUCAUGGUUGUUGUGUGGAGGGAGAUCAGUUGUUGCUGAUAUAUGAAUACCUGGAAAACAAUAGUCUAGCUCGUGCUUUAUUUGGUCCAGAGGAACACCAAAUUAAAUUAGAUUGGCCAACAAGGCAGAGGAUUUGUGUUGGUAUUGCUAGAGGUUUGGCAUACCUCCAUGAAGAAUCAAGACUGAAGGUUGUUCACAGGGACAUCAAGGCCACUAAUGUAUUGCUUGAUACGAAUCUUGAUCCAAAGAUAUCUGAUUUUGGUUUGGCCAAGCUUGAUGAGGAGGACAAUACUCACAUUAGUACAAGAAUUGCUGGUACCUAUGGAUAUAUGGCUCCUGAAUAUGCAAUGCAUGGUUAUUUGACGGACAAAGCAGAUGUUUAUAGUUUUGGAAUUGUUGCCUUGGAAAUCGUUAGUGGAAAGAGCAACACCAUGUAUCGAUCAAAGGAGGAAGCUUUCUAUCUUCUUGAUUGGGCACAUUUGUUGAAAGAGAGGGGUGACUUAACGGAGCUAGUUGAUAGAAGAUUAGGUUUAGAUUUCAACAAAAAGGAGGCUAUGGUGGUAAUCAAUGUGGCUCUCCUAUGCACCAAUGUCACUUCAAACCUUAGGCCGUCCAUGUCGUCGGUGGUAAGUUUCCUUGAAGGAAGGAAUGCGGUUCCAGAAUUUGUUUCAGAUUCAAGUGAAGUAAUGGAUGAAAAGAAGUUGGAAGCAAUGAGGAAGUAUUACUAUCAGAAGGAAGAAAAUAAGACGAGUACUACGUCACAAACACAAAAUCAGAGUUUAUUAAAUGAUGGGCCAUGGACUGCUACAUCUUCAUCAGCUGUAGACCUUUAUCCUGUCCACCUUGAUUCUGCCUAUUGGGAGGAAAGAAAUUAA